UCCUAGGCCGUACUUAUUGAGCAUGCGCACGACGAUCUUCCUUUUUCCAGUGCAGCGGAGUCAAUCCCCAGUCUUUGGCUCCGGGCUCCUUCUUUAGGAGACUAAAAAGACUGCAAAAUGGGUUUUGUAAAGGUGGUAAAGAACAAGGCUUACUUUAAGAGGUACCAGGUGAAAUUCAGAAGGAGGAGAGAGGGGAAAACUGACUUCUUUGCCCGCAAGCGCCUGGUUGUUCAGGAUAAGAACAAGUACAACACACCCAAGUACCGCAUGAUUGUACGGUUCUCCAACCGUGACAUCAUCUGCCAGAUUGCCUAUGCUAAGAUCGAGGGGGAUAUGAUCGUGUGUGCUGCAUAUUCACACGAGCUGCCAAAAUACGGAGUCGCUGUGGGUUUGACGAACUACGCAGCAGCCUACUGCACUGGUCUGCUGCUGGCCCGCAGACUCCUGAACAAGUUUGGCCUGGAUAAGGUGUACGAGGGCCAGGUGGAGGUGACGGGUGAUGAAUUCAACGUGGAGAGCAUUGAUGGUCAACCAGGUGCUUUCACCUGCUACCUGGAUGCUGGGCUGGCUAGAACCACCACCGGAAACAAGGUGUUCGGUGCCCUGAAGGGGGCUGUGGACGGAGGCUUGUCCAUCCCACACAGCACCAAACGUUUUCCCGGGUACGAUGCCGAGAGCAAAGAGUUCAACGCUGAGGUCCACCGGAAACACAUCAUGGGCAUCAACGUGUCCGAGUACAUGAGCUACCUGAUGGAGGAGGACGAGGAGACCUACAAGAAGCAGUUCUCCCGCUUCAUCAAGAACGGAGUGGCCCCAGAUUUGAUUGAGGAAAUGUAUAAAAAGGCUCAUGCUGCUAUCCGUGAGAACCCGGUUCAUGAGAAGAAAGCUCCCAGAGAAGUGAAGAAGAAGAGGUGGAACCGAGCCAAGCUCUCUCUGGCCCAGAGGAAGGACCGGGUUGCCCAGAAGAAGGCCAGCUUCCUCCGGGCUCAGGAACAAGAGGCUGCAGACUGAGUCUUCUGUUCCUGAUGCUCAAAUUUGUUGUAAUAAAUCUGAAAAGUAA